AUGGCCUACGAGCAAGGCGCUCCGGACAAAAUCCCCCCCAAUCAACCGAACCCCGUCAUCGUCGGGCCGGGAUUAUCUGCACUCGGCGAAGAAGCAUACAUCGAGGCUUCAACCGUUACUCCACCCAUCGUCUCAGCGGCCACCGCCGCCGGUAACGCCGACGGUGCAGAAAACCCUCGAGAACCGAAGCAAGACGAGUCGGCAGCAUCAUAUUUCUCAGAAGUGCCCGGUACGGCGACCGCGCCCAAGGAUGCAUAUGUAAACCCCCCCAUGAGUCCUGCCGAUGCCGCAUCGGGCGCGACGUCGGGGCCUGAAUUGCUUCGACGGUUGAGUCUGAUUGACAACGCUCAUCCCACUCCGGCGACUCCUGUGAUAGAUCCGCGGGCGGACCAUCCAGGACUGCAAUUGACCGGUCGGAUUAUUAGUGCUUCGUUGUGUAUACCGUACAAAGUUGCACAUCAAGCGGGGCAAGAUUGGGAAUUGAGUCCCCGUGCAGGCACAUCGGCCUUGUUCGACUCAUUUGCUCAUCUCGCAUCCGAUCAGUCGCCGUGGAAUCACACAUUGGUAGCCUGGACCGGAGAAGUGGAAGAGAUUGUCACCAAGCGAGCGCCGUUACAAUCAGUCACCGCAAGCGGUGUGAAUACUGUGGCUACUGCGCCUCCUCCUGUGAACAAAGCCUCUGCGCCGGUUCCUGUGGACCUCUCUCAGAAUUCGCAAACCCCAACUCCAGUUGAGGGUAUCUUAGUCUCCUCUGCCGACAGAGAACGACUGGAGAGGCAGUUGAAAGCAAGCAAGUACGGCAAGAUUUUACCAGUCUGGGCAACAGCCGAGUCAGACGAGCCUUCUGACGAUAUACUGUUGCAAGAUCAGUCUCGUUGGAGGAGAUAUGCUGAACGAGAGUUGUAUCCGCUCCUACACUACAAGCAGAAUGGCCCAUCAGACGGACGGUCAGAGCGAAAAUGGUGGACAGACUAUAUGCGGUUGAAUCGAUUAUUUGCCGAUCGCAUUGCUCGGAUCUAUCAAGCUGGCGAUAUCGUAUGGAUUCAUGAUUACCAUCUGUUCUUGUUGCCAAGCCUUUUGCGACAACGGAUCCCGAAUAUCUUUAUUGGCUUUUUCCUUCAUUCCCCAUUCCCGAGCAGUGAAUAUAUGCGCUGUCUGGCCAAGAGGAAAGAAGUUCUUACUGGAGUGCUCGGUGCGAACAUGAUUGGAUUUCAGACAUACUCUUAUUCAAGACAUUUUUCAUCAUGUUGCACUCGUGUUCUCGGAUUUGAGUCAAAUGCUGCUGGUGUUGAUGCGUAUGGAGCACAUGUUGCAGUGGAUGUCUUUGCUACUGGAAUCGAUGCGCAAAAUGUACAAAAGGCUGCUUUUGGUUCUUCAGGUAUCGAGGAGGUCGUUGCGAACAUCAAGAAACUAUAUGCAGGCAAGAAGAUCAUCGUCGGCAGAGAUCGAUUGGAUAGUGUUCGUGGUGUGGCACAGAAACUGCAAGCUUUUGAAGCGUUUUUGGAAAAGUAUCCUCACUGGCGCGACCAGGUUGUGCUGAUUCAAGUCACGAGCCCGACCAGUAUGGAAGAGCAAAAGGAAGAUCCAGAGAACAAGAUUGGAAGUCAAGUUUCGAGUCUUGUAUCUACAAUCAACGGCCGGUUUGGAUCGCUGAGCUUUACACCUGUGCAGUACUAUCCUCAAUAUAUCUCGCAACAAGAUUAUUUCUGUCUCUUGCGUGUUGCAGAUGUCGGUUUGAUCACCAGUGUUCGGGACGGCAUGAACACGACGAGUUUGGAAUAUGUGCUCUGCCAGCAGGGCAAUCAUGGUCCUCUUAUUUUGUCUGAAUUCUCGGGAACUGCUGCAAUGCUCACCAGUGCAAUCCAUAUUAACCCAUGGGAUACGACUGGUGUCGCUACAGCAAUUGACCAGGCACUCAGUAUGAGCGCAGAAGAAAAACUCGAACGACAUGACGUUGCCUACAAACACGUCACGUCCAACACGGUGUCGAUGUGGUCACAGCAUUUCAUCAACCGCUUGCUCACAAAUUUGUCUUCGUUUGAUCAAUCAAUUGCCACACCAGCUUUGGACCGAGCGUUAGUGUUGAAGCAGUACCGAAAAGCCAAGAAACGACUCUUCAUGUUCGACUACGACGGAACAUUGACUCCGAUUGUCAAGGACCCUCAGGCAGCUAUCCCAUCCGACCGCGUCUUACGGAAUAUCAAGAGUCUGGCGGCGGACCCCAGAAACUCAGUAUGGAUUAUCAGCGGUCGAGACCAGGCAUUCUUAGACGAAUGGAUGGGCCAUAUCCCCGAGCUGGGACUGAGCGCGGAACACGGAUGUUUCAUUCGCAAACCCCGCAGCGACGACUGGGAGAACCUCGCCGCAAAAUUCGACAUGGAAUGGCAAAAGGACGUCAUGGAUGUUUUCCAGCACUACACGGAGCGUACACAGGGUUCAUUCAUCGAGCGGAAACGAGUUGCAUUGACAUGGCAUUAUCGCCGGGCAGAUCCCGAGUACGGCGCAUUCCAAGCAAAGGAGUGUCGAAAGCAUCUUGAGAACACUGUGAUGAAGAAGUUUGAUGUUGAGGUGAUGACUGGAAAGGCAAAUCUCGAAGUGCGGCCUACAUUUGUCAACAAGGGGUUCAUUGUGACGAGACUAUUGAAUGAAUACGGCCGGGGACCUGGCGAUGCGCCAGAAUUCAUCUUCUGUAGUGGUGAUGAUUUUACCGAUGAGGAUAUGUUCCGCGCUCUACGUCACUCAGAUCUUCCACCCGAACACAUUUUCUCAGUCACAGUAGGCGCAAGCUCGAAACAGACACUGGCAGGCUGGCAUCUCCUCGAGCCGGCAGAUGUAAUAGCGACAAUAGGCAUGUUGAACGGGACGUCGAUGGGAGCUGAAUACUCCUAG